AGCCACUCGAAGGCGACUUGCCUUUCACAGUCGCUCUUCCCGUCCUCCUUUUCACCACGGAGCCUUCCACUGAUUCACCCAUGCUGCAACCCGCAACCUUGACGUGUCGAUAGCGCUCGGCUGGACCUCGAGUCCGCAUCUACACAUUCACCACGACUGCACAUCAUCAAGCCCAUACAGUCUACAGACUGGAGGGCUCGCUUACCAACAUUAUCAUAAAUUGACCGUCGCUUGCUGAACUCACCCUUGGUUUCAGUAUCGCCAUCGACUGCCCGCAUUCACAGACCCCGCCACCAUGUUCACGAGCUUCACCGGCAACACACGGCGGCCACGUCAGGUCAAUCUCUCAGGUCGUAAGACGAACCCGUUUGGUACACCUGGCACCGGCGCUGGAUCGCAAGCCGCCCUGGACCGAGCGCAGCAAGAGCGCGCGCAGCGACAACGAGAGCGAGACACACUCAAUGCGGCGAAGAAGAUACAGAGAGUUUGGAGGGGCCAUGCAAGCAGACGAAGGGUUGCCGACCAAUUACGGAAAGAGUGGGACGCCGUGGAGGAGAAAGAUUGCGAUGUCGCCUCAUCUUCGUUAUACGAUGGCGAGAGGGCUGCCUUGUCGCAGUUGCAACGGCUCCUGCGAUUCGCGUCUACGCGGAAUGAGCAAGAUCUAGAACGAAUACGACACUACGGCGACCGACUGCAAUUGACGGUAGAACUGGAGGGCCAAGUCCAAGACUCAUCGUGGCCAUCGGCAUAUCUGAAGUUGGAGAAGUUGCUGCUGGCAGCUUUGCAGCGGAAGAACAAGGGCCCAAUAUCUUGGUGGUAUAAGCCGCACGCAAACCUCGUCUCCAUACUGCAGUUCGUUGCAGGACAAAUUCCCGCCGAGACGUCUCAGCAUGCAAAGUUCUACUACCACACCCUCGCCGAAACCGUAUCGAAGCUCGCACCAACUCUGGCAGACUCGUCAAAGGUUGGAGAUGUACAAGAUAGCCAUGCAGAAGCCAUCAACUGGAGAUCUUGGGAGGUCCUUCUUCAUACAAUUCUCGUGCCACUCAAAGCGGUGACCGGGUACACACUGGAUGCAUACGAAGCUUUCGGUCACAUCUUCAUGACCCUUCCGCUGCUGAGCUCUGACUCGACUUCGCCUUUCAUACGCAGGUUCAGAGAUUCUCUCGCUGAGUCCAUUAAUUACAAACUACUCGCCAGUGCACUAGCCACAUCGUUCAAGGACCCAGGUCUACAAACACUCCGCCAGCUGAAGAGCUCCACUAGCCGGCUACGGUUGCUUGGGCUGUUCAUCUACCUCCAUCGAUACGCGCACAACUUCAAUUCGCCAGAGGCCUAUGCCAUAUACCAAGACUUUGUUACAGUAGUAUCUCUGCUGUUGAAUUCGCUUCCAGUUAGUAUCCUUGGCGACGAAGACUCCGUCAUAGACCUCACAGACGAAGACGACUUGGCUGUGGACAAAGUCACACAAUUUUUGAAAGAGCAAGUGCAGUCAUUAGUCAACCAAGAAGGAAUUGGGAGUCUUCUGGCUGGGUCGUCGCAGGCUUCUGGAACUUCAGAAGACGAAAAGAUCGAAGAGGCAAGGCAGCUGGCAAAUUAUGCUCUCGCAUUGCUUCGCUUCUUCCCUAGAAGAGGUGAUGAGAUACGUAUGUGGCUGUACAUUGGCCCUUCAGACAAGAAGGACGGUGGACGGAAGUCGCCGGCAAUCAAAUACUUCUGGGAGGCUUCAAAGCGUUCAUCGGUGUUUGCGACCAUCUUCCGCGACUCACGCGCAGCAAUUGAGCUUUUGAAGACGAAGACGUCAGACUCCAGCGCAUCAGGCUUGACGCAGCAUGGUUUCUGGCAACCAGCGCAACAAGAGAUCAACCGCGAAGCAGCCAUUGCCGAUGAGUGGAGAGUGAUACUCGUUUUCCUUGAGUUGUAUACUUUCGUAUUGAAAGUUACGGAUGACGAGGAGUUCUUCUCUGCGGGACAACAAGACAGUUUCACAAGCCAAGGCCGUGACAGUGGUCUCCCCCUGUCCGAAGUAAAGGACCUGACGACGUUUCUGAAGAACCUGGGGUUUACCCUUUACUUCAACGCAGCGGAUAUCACUCCAACAGAGGAGCGCGCAACUACGAGUACCGGCCUCAACUUCUACAACCAUCAGGUUGUGGAGAGUCAGGCCACUAAGGAAGCCCAAGAACCUUCUGUUGGUGGUGUCGCAGGUCUCAGUCUCGACUAUGUCAAAGGCCUGGUCACUGGGCUCCUGCGCAUGGUGUACGAGAGAGACUCACGACGCACAUUCCUACCCGCUGACCAUUGGCUGAUGACUUCACGCUUUGACAUGACUGGCUUCAUUCCAGCUGUGGUGGAGGAGGAAGAGUCACGGCACAAGAUCCAGGACGAAGAUGCCGACGACGUGGACGAGGAGGAAGAGGAUUUCGACGACACACCGCAACUGAUCGGUACGAGCCGAGUACAACAGCAGCGUAGGUUGGAGAGGUUACAACGGCAGCAGCGCAAGGCUUCACGGAGAAGGUAUCUGCAGGCUGUCGCACCGCGUCUGGAGAUCUUGCAGAACAUGCCAUUCUUCAUCCCGUUCACAACCCGAGUGAAGAUCUUCCGCGAAUUCGUACACCUUGACAUGACCAAGCGUAGGAACACCGCCGAUCCUGAAGCUUGGCGGGCAAGGAUCAUGUUCGGUGGCGGGCCGGGUGACAAGCACUCUGCAAGAAUUCGCCGCGACAAUGAGUUCGAGGACGCCUACGAGCAGUUCUACUCGUUAGGGCAAGGACUGAAAGAGCCUAUACAGAUCACCUUCGUCGACCAAUUUGACGCACCUGAGGCUGGUAUCGAUGGCGGCGGUGUGACGAAAGAGUUUCUAACCAGCGUCACGAAUCGCGCUUUCAUGCCUACAGACUCUGUCGAUAUGUUUGUCGAGAACGAUCAGCACCUUCUCUAUCCAAAUCCUGCAGCAGUUGAAGAGCAUAAGGAGCAGUUGAAGCAAUUUGGAUUACGUGAGAACUCGCCAGAGUUCCGACUACAGAUCACUGAACUACUUCAUCGAUACGAGUUUCUAGGCCGAAUCAUCGGUAAAUGCUUGUACGAAGGCAUCUUGGUGGAUGUCAACUUCGCGCCCUUCUUCCUCCGCAAGUGGGCGCUCACAGGAGGCACUGGUUCUGCACCCAAUGAAUCUGGCUACCGCCCUACACUCAAUGACCUCCGUGAUCUCGACGAAGAGCUCUACCAAGGCCUCCACAAGCUCAAGACCUACCCCGGCGAUGUCGAAGACUUCUCCCUCAAUUUCACCGUCACUGAUACUGUCGUCACCGACCACACCACCUUCCCCAAGAAAACAAAAGCCAUCACCAAAGACCUCAGACCCGGCGGCGCAGACAUAGCAGUCACCAACCAAAACCGCCUCGUCUAUAUCAGCUACAUGGCACGCCACCGCCUGCAAAAUCAGCCCUACCUGCAAACCACGGCCUUCCUGCGCGGCCUCAGCACCAUGAUCCAACCCUCCUGGCUCUCCAUGUUCAACCACUCAGAACUCCAGACCCUGAUCUCAGGUACCCGCACACAAAUCGACGUCGAAGACCUGCGCCGCAACACCAUCUACGGCGGCACAUAUGUCAUCGGCGACGACGGGCUCGAGCACCCCACCAUCCAACUCUUCUGGAAGAUUAUGAAGGAUAUCAGCGACGAUGAGCGGCGCGCGGUCCUCAAGUUCGUGACCAGUACGCCGCGAGCGCCGCUUCUGGGGUUCAGCACGCUGAACCCGAGGUUCAGUAUUAGAGAUGGAGGGAGUGAUCAGGAGAGGCUGCCGAGUACGAGUACGUGUGUUAAUCUGCUCAAGUUGCCGAUGUAUAGGGAUUAUGCGGUGCUGAAGGAGAAGCUGCUGUAUAACGCAGUAGAUGCAGCUUACCAACCCAUGCACACUGUUCGCACAAUUGUUAUUUGCAUCUUGCUCACUGUAACGGCGGGAGCUGCAGAGUCCGAGAAGGAGCAGAGUGUGUUCUUGGGCGUCACGGCGCGCGCGGACGGAGGGCUGGUGUCUACACAUGUCUAUCUAGUGUAUUGGAAACAUCUCCAAAAAAUGGCCAUAUUCCCGGUGGUACCCUAUAUGUUGGUGUGCGGCGCGUACAACGAACCAAGGGACUCCAGUACAAUAAUCAUACUUGAAGAGUCAUAUACGGGUUGCAACAGCUCGCAAGUUUGGGGCUACGGUUGCACAAGUUUCGAUAUGGAAUUUCAUACACCGCAAAUUGAGAAGAGCCCAGAAGCUACAAAAUUGCCGGAUCCUCCAGCCUUGUCUUCAGGCAAAGACAAGGCUUUGGGAAACACUGAAUCGGAAACCCCCAUGUUCAGGAACGUGUCCCUCCUCUUAAGGACCCGUAGCGGCGAUGUGUGUGUGCAUCGAGAUCGCGGAUGCAAGUGGCCCCGCAAGAGCAACUUUUCGCAUCGAGGCACCCAACGUCGUCUUAACGUGCCUUCGUGGCCUCCUCCAACGUCCUUUGCCUCCGUUUGCGAUUUUGCGUCGCAUGCCGCCCCGGCGGAGCGACCAAGUGAGACAGCACCCAUCUUCGACGCCGACAAUGCCACCAAGGCUCUGGAUAUCUGGUCCGUCGAGUUUGCAGAGCGCGUCUAUCCUGGUCGGACAGAUGUCUGGGCUCCAGCAACAAUACCAGAUCGGCCGUCGAUGCAAUGUGCGACCGACCAGUACUUGUUCCCUGUCCUAACACGUAACGAGAGGUUACGUCUUACGAUGCUAUUUUACUAUACUCGAGGCGCACUUGAGGACGACGAGCUUCAGUCAAAACUGCAAGAGAAGGUUUACCUGGCGAGGGACACAGUGGGAUGGGAGUUCGUCAUUGCCGGACUUCUUAAUCACAACACAUACACCCGUAUGGUAACUGUCGGUCUUCCUUUGGCUGUGCUACCCCGCCGUGAAAGCACUUGCGCCCACACAGUCAACCAGCCACCAGGUGCGAUAUUCACCCUACUCAAUAUGACUGACGACUGGCGGUUCCGGGAGUCCCCUCAUGUGGAGGUUGGUGGUCUUCGCGCGUACGCUGGUGCCCCUUUGCGAUUUGAGACCGAGUUCGGCGAGCAUGUUGCGUUUGGAUCAUUGUGUGUUGCGUCGAAUUCAGCACAGGAGCCGCUUCGGAAAGAGCAGCAGAGAUCCUUGGCACGCCUGGCGGAUUGGAUUGUUGCUGACAUCGUUCAUGCCCACCGAGCCAGACGCCAGAAGGAACGACGCCAAAUGCUGGAUCGUCUUGCACAGUUGCAGAAGCUACUGGAAACGGACCAUAACCUAGAGGAGGCUGUCAAAGAUUUGCUUCACGAGAUGUAUCCAGGGACUCUGGUCAAGAUCAUGCAAACGCAAGAUGACAUACUUCACCUUGGGGAUGGGACGAGUGUGCCGAUAGUGGAUAUCGAGCAUGGAUUGUGGGAAGAUAGCGACUACUUCAACUACAUGAUCGAGCACCUCAAUCACCAGGAACCGGUAGCACACAGGUCGAUACGGACCGUACUUUCGCAGUGCGCAAGCCAACGGAUACCGACUUACCUUGUUGUAGGCUCGAAAGAUUUCCGGCACGUGUACGACGAUAUCGACGCAUGGUUCAUACAGAUGUGUGCGACUUCCUUGUGCCGCUACUGGCAGGACCGGGCGCUUAAAGAGGCUAUAAGGGCAAAAGAGACGUUCCUUCGUGGAAUUACGCAUCAGCUUCGAACGCCCAUACACGGUAUUCUAGGGUCGGUCGAUCUUCUUACCGAAGAGUUGAAGUCACGCAACGUAGUCAGCGCGACUGCUGAGUCGACACCUGACGUAACACCCAAUGAUGAGCAUAUCAGCCCGCUAGACCCUUACGUAUACAUCAAGACCAUACGGACGUCUGCGCGGGAGCUGAUCUCGACCGUCAACAGUCUUAUCAAGCUCAACCAAUGGGCCGACGUUGCAGAAGCGCAACGAGUUGUCACAACGCACACAAUUGAAGAAAUCGAGGCGGCACUACUUACCGAGCUCACACUCUGCUUGCCUGAUGACGUAACUUUGCGGCCAUCCCUCAUACUGAACCACCGAGUACCCGACCGCUGCGAUACUAUAUCCUUGGACCUGCGCCUACUCGUCGACUGCAUCCAACCUCUCCUGCAGAAUGCGAUCCAGAACACUGCUGGCGGUGUUGUGGUAGUGACGAUCACCGUCACUGAAGACUUUCGCUCGAUGGUAGUCGAUGUCAAGGAUAAUGGGUGCGGAAUAAAACUGGAAAAUCAACGAAGAAUCUUCGACGCUUACGAGAAGGUCGACAAUCACACCACCGAUGCCGGACUUGGUCUGACGUUGGCCGGGAAACUGGCCACCCUGAUGAACGGCUAUGUCACUUUGGUGUCGUCCGAAGUUGGUAAAGGAUCACAUUUUCGUGUUGCUUUCAACGAUCCCACGUGCGCCUCCUCGCUCUCGCCGAACCGGAGAGAGUUCACACAUCUGCCGCAUGUGUUCAAUAGGCUUCCCGCGGAAGACCUUACAUCGCUGCUUGGCAACAAUUUUGCAGAAUACCUCACCGAGCUAGGAUACACAGAAUCUCAGAGUCCAUCAGAGCCACUACUUAUAUUGGGCUACACGCGCGACCUUACAAAGCUGUACGAGACUACAAAACAAGUAAGUGACGACCAAGUCGCUAUCUGUCUCGUACCUGAGAACGAUCUGGUCAUCAACUUCGCCGGACAGCGAUAUCUGCGGGACAGCAACGUCAUCUACACGAAGGGUCCGUUCACGUCACGCACCAUCGGGGACGUACUUGCAGAAGCCGACGCUGUCUUCGCCGAACAUGUGACAGCGAAAGCAACUCAGCCAAUCCUGCUCGAAGGCGGCAUCUCCCUCGAACCGACUCCACCAGCAACACCCGCAUGCAACGCGCUCGAAGACGACCCUAAUUUUACAGCCCCCGACCUCAUACACCGCAGUUCCAUCUUUCCCAAACAAACCGUCGAAGAGGAACUCGCCAAAUCCGUCUCCGCCCUGCGCAUCGCUCAAAAUCCCAUCCCCCCUCCACCUCGCUCGAACAAACCAAUGACUCUCCUCGUCGACGACAACGCAGUCAAUCUACGCCUACUGGCAAUGUACUGCAACCGCCGCGGCAUCCCAUACUGUACUGCCACCGACGGCGCGCAAGCCGUGAAACUCUUCACCGAGCACCGCUCCCCCGCGGACUUGACACCAACACCCUCGCGCACACAUCCUUGGCUCCUCGCUAAAGAGACGAUCGCUGGAUCUUCGAUUGCACAUCCGCCUACACUCCGGCCGUUCGAGCUUGUGUUAAUGGACUUGCAGAUGCCUGUCUGCGACGGCAUUGGUGCGACGAGUCAGAUUCGCGAGCUGGAGAAGGAGUAUGGGUGGGAUAAGAGCGUCAUUUUCAUUGUGACGGGGCAGGAUAGUCCGAGUGAUCGGGCGAAUGCGCAGAAGGCGGGGAGUGAUGGGUAUCUGGUUAAACCGGUGGGACCGAAGGUGCUGGAUAGCGGGGUGAAGCAGUGGUUUCCUGACGCGGAGGUUGGGUGAUCGGCCAGGAUUGCAGGUUCUAGGAGAACACGGUCUAAUUGGGAAGAGAGGAAAGCAUAACAGGCAUUGCAUAGCAUGGCGAGGCGUUUUGGUGUUUGG